CUCCUACUUUCCAUUUAUUCAUGCCUGCCAAAGGAAAGAAUAAGAAGAUCCGUUAGUAUCUCCUAAAUAUGGGCAGCAAGCAUAUCAUAGAAGAGGAGAUAUUUUAUGUAAUCAAAUCAUUAUUUUCCUCCCUUAUUUAUCUCAUAAGCUCUUGUAUAAAUUGCCUUGGGCAAUACGUGAAAGGGGGAGAAAAACACACGUUCAAGACACCAAGAAGCACCACCACUCCUUAUUAGAAAUUUCUUCCAUAUCCAAUUGUAUUUAUUCUUAAUAAAAUUAUUAUCGAUUCAUAUUUGCUCGAUUCCCGAUUAAUUCAUAUUUAGUUUAGCAUAUUUUGGCUAAAACAAUUUGGCGCCGUCUGUGGGAAACUCGUGCAAAAAAGAGUCGCUCAUGGCCGAAAGCUCUAACGCUUUGAUGGAGGAUAUUAAAGCUCAAUUGCAAGCCGUCAGGGAAGAGUUGCGCCUAGCCAGGACCUCUAAUCCUUCGGCGGACGGUUUUCAGGCACAAAUGGAGGCUGUGAGAGAGGAAAUGCGUCAACGCAUGGCCUUCCUUCAAAAAGAGAAUGACGCCUUACGAUCUCAGGUACAAUCGGUGGCGUCCAUAGCCUCCAACUCGCGACGAGGAAAAGAGAUCAUGUAUGCGGCUUCAAGGUGGGACACGGACCCAAUACCGGCCUCAACCUCGACACUUACCUUCACAACCGAGUCUUUUCCGGAAAUGUUGAACUCCGAUCCGAAUGGUGGUUUGUACUCCCCGGUGAUUUCACAACUCGUGCCCUACGAACCUCUUAUCCUGGAGACGAAUCCAGCGACGAGUAUCCCGAUGUGUUUCUUCCCAGAUUCGUUGCGAACCAGGCCACCGACGACAUCUGGUUUGCAGAUCGUCAACCAGCAGAUGUCGACUCCUACCACCGUGUUAGCACCAACGGUGCCUUUCGUCCCUCACUCCGGAACCACUACAUCAGGAGGAGCAGGACCAUCAUCUCGUUCUGCCCCACUCCCAAAUCCCAGAAGAAACAUAUUCCGGAAUUCAUUUACGAAAUCCCAGAAACGACAAGUUCCCGGCCGUGACGACAUGUGUGGAGGUGUCGACAUCGGCAAUCAGAGACGUCAACAUCCGGAGGUCGUCACCAUACAGUCACCAACCGAGCAGAGGACACCUCAGGCAGCAACACACCCCGAAGUGGUACGUCCGCAGAUACAAACAAACAUGACAGAUCCCUUCGCCGUCAUCAUGGAGGAACUGAGGGAAUUGCGAGAGAAGGUCAACAGCAUACCUGGAGUCCCACGUGCACUUGACGUGGCGACGCAAACCUGUUAUGCGGAUUCACCCUUCGGACGACAUAUUACAGACGUCGAGAUUCCAAGGAAAUUCAUCGUACCAUCAAUGAAGUUGUUCGACGGAACCGCCGAUCCGGUAGAACAUGUUGCUCAGUACAAGCAAAAAAUGUUAGCCAUUUUAGUCAGACCGGAUCAGCGAGAAGCUUGCAUGUGCAGGGCAUUUGGGACAACGUUGACAGGGCCAGCGUUGACGUGGUUCGUCAAUCUGCCAAACGACGGCAUCAAUUCGUUCGCGGAGCUGGUCAACUUAUUCAAUCAACAGUUUGCAAGCAGUCGAGUCUUGGAGAAGCGGACUAGUGAUCUCUAUCGAGUAGUCCAGGGACACAAUGAAUCCUUAAGGGAUUACUUGCACCGAUUCAACAAGGAGAAGGUGUCAAUCCCUAGGUGUCACAUACCGACAACAAUUGAAGCAUUUAGAAUAGGACUGCUGGAAGAUUCAGAGUUAUAUAUCAGGAGUUGACGAAAUACCCUAGUCGGUCUUUCGAAGAUGUCCAAGCAAAAGCACUGGCUUUCAUCCGUCUAGAAGAAGAUUUACGAUGUCGUCACGGACAAAUUGAGCAGGAAAGGGGGUACGGGAAGUCAAAAUCUCCCAGGAGACAUGACUACAAGCAUGGAAAGCCUUAUUCGAGGUCUGAGGAACAAGUCGCCACUUAUGUGACAAGAUAGAUCGAACGACUUAAUUAAAUUCGUCGGACGGGGGGGCAUGUCGUUCGACGGUAGACAGGUUCUUAAGAGCUGCAAUACGGUACACUUAAAGUUGUUUCACUUUUAAUAAUUUUCUUUUGCAUAUUGUCAUCACUCCCAUGAUAAAAUAGACCAGACGACAUGAAUGAAGUCGUCAUACUGGGGGCAUGUCGUCAGGCAGUGAACCUGACGAGAUGGUUGGAAUCGCCUGACUACAGACGGGCUAUUACGAUAGAUAUUUAUCUAGUUUCAUAUGUGUAUUCUUAACUCACUACUUUCCUUUACCUAUAAAUGAUCACUAACUUAAGCAUCGGAGGGCCGUUGGCUUUUAGCCAAUGGUCGACGUUAGCGAAUUCCUUUUUACACAGGUACAAUCAACAAUUGAUGACGACGGAAUUCUAACAUACAAAGCCUUACAACACGUCAAAACACAAUUGACGGGGGGCUUACAUCAAACAAAGCCUUACAACACACCAAAAUACAAUUGACGGGGGGCUUACAGAAUUUAAUGGGAAGGGUUAGGCUGCCCAUGAGAAUAUCAUGGAUCACAGUCCUAACAGAGCCCAUACAAUACGUUUUGGCCAAAACCUACACACGUAUACGACAACACAAACUCCAAAACAUAAGGAGACAACACGGACGACAUGACAUUCAUGUCAACGACACAUACGUAAAUCAUAGACAAUCAUGACAACGAUAUUAACAAAAUCAUAAACGAAACGAUAUUCAAGGUUUUUGCAGGUUUUUGGUCACGUUCAAGCAACCCGAUUCGUCGUCUCCAGCAACGGACAAAUUUCCCUGCACCGACCAGGAUGUCGACACCUGCCAGGACAAAGUUCGAACUCAUCAGCAUUGUCUAGAUAUGAUCACUAGCACAACUCCGGAAGAAAAGGAAACGAGUGAGUAAAUCGAAGUGGAAUGUUAGCCAAGAGUUCAAAUUCAUAAUGACGACAUUCUUCUAGCGCAUCCGCCAUCAUCAUGAAUUGGGGGCAAUUGUUGGGCCCGGAAAUUACUUAGCAAAUUGGGCCAACAUAUUUUCCAAGAAGCAGCGAGAAGCCCAGCGGGAUGGUCAAUGCACAAUCCAACUAAAAACGGAAAGAAUACUUGAAAGAAAGGGAAGUCCAAGACUUGGGGAAAAAGGCUCCUACUUUCCAUUUAUUCAUGCCUGCCAAAGGAAAGAAUAAGAAGAUCCGUUAGUAUCUCCUAAAUAUGGGCAGCAAGCAUAUCAUAGAAGAGGAGAUAUUUUAUGUAAUCAAAUCAUUAUUUUCCUCCCUUAUUUAUCUCAUAAGCUCUUGUAUAAAUUGCCUUGGGCAAUACGUGAAAGGGGGAGAAAAACACACGUUCAAGACACCAAGAAGCACCACCACUCCUUAUUAGAAAUUUCUUCCAUAUCCAAUUGUAUUUAUUCUUAAUAAAAUUAUUAUCGAUUCAUAUUUGC